ACAAGCACCAACGGCUAGAAUUAGCAUCGUCAUGGUAUAAUAUAAAAUGCUAAUUUCAAAAGUUUGAAUCUCAAAAUCUCAACGCUCUCUUUCCUCUCAAAAACAAACUCAUUUUCGAGCAACUAUGGCGGAAACGGCUAUUGAGAAGGUGGAUCCAGAGACGGAGUUUCUGGCGUCGAAGAGGCAAACCGGUUACGAGUGGGAAACCUUCAAGGAGAACGUGAGGCCUCUCAAAAGAGGCCGCAACGUUAACCUCUUGAACCACGCUCUCAAGUCCUACACCGAUAAUAACCUCAAAAAUUCCCUCUACGAACACCGAAGGAAACUGAUUGAAGCGAUUGACGAGUACAAAGGCGAAGAUCCUCUUCUGCCGUGGCUGCAGUGUAUCAAGUGGGUUCAGGAGGCGUUUCCUCCCUGCGGCGAUGGUUCUGGGCUUGUGGUGAUCUACGAGAAGUGCGUGCAGGCCUUCUGGGAUUCAGAUCGCUAUAAGGAUGAUUUGCGCUACCUCAAAGUGUGGCUUGAAUACGCAGAUAAUUGCUUAGAUGCAGAAGUUAUAUAUGCUUUUCUGGAAGCAAAUGGAAUUGGAAAAACUCAUUCUGAUUUCUACAUUUCCUAUGGGUUGCACUUGGAAUCUAAGAACAAGAUUAAAACUGCUAAUCGGAUAUUGGAACUUGGCAUAUCUAGGAAUGCUCAACCUGUUGAGAAAUUGAAGGCUGCUUAUAGAAAAUUUGUUGCACGUUCAAUGGCAAGGUCAAAAGCGACAGAUGAUUCAAUGGAGAAACCACCAGCACCGGUGCGUAGCUUUGGAACUGUCCUUGCCAAGGGACAAAACCGCACACACCUACCCCCUUUCAAGUCCGAUCCAUCUGAUAGUAAUAAUAGCAGGAGUGGAGCAGCUCCACUAUCCGUUUAUAAAGAUUCAGUAGGAUGUGAUGAUUCCAUCCCUCAUCAGACCGACAUAUCAAACUCUUGGCACACACUUGGGCCUCGAGCUGAAAGAAACAAGGAAAAUAAUGCAAUCCCUGGCAAAUGGAAAUCUUACAAGAUUCCACAGCGACCUGGAACUAGAACUGGAAUAGCUACUGCAAGUGCCUGUAUUCCAGUGUUUGUUGAUGAAGAAUGUCAAGAAUCACAAAACGUGAAAGAAAAGAGUAAGAAGUCCUCACGUUUGCUGCAGCUUAGGUGGGAGAACGAAAAGGAUUUGAAAAGGGAAACAGAGCAAAUAAGGAAAAAUCCAUUACGCAAAUUCCCACAAAGCAGUCUCCCCAGAUAAUUGAAAUCGUUGAAUCAUGCUUGAUGAAGCACUUUGCCAUCCUUGUCUUAAACGAAUUUUAGUAGCUUUCACCUAGAAAGCUUGAUCCACGUUUCCUUUUUAAGUUUGUAAUGGAAUUUCAUGUUUGGUUGGUUGGUUGAAUUGAGAAUAUGCCCAAGUUUGUAAUACAAGACAAACAUAUUUGGUUGCUUUGAUUCCAUUUCAUUAUUUGGAAA